CGAGCGCAGGUUGGCAGGAUCGGCUGCGGCGGCUGCGUGCGGCUCGGUCUAUGGGGCUUAGCUGGUGGCGGCGGCCUAGGGAGACUCAGCGGCUGGUGGGCAGGUGCACUGAUGCUGAAGUACUAUGAGCUUUCAGAACUUCUGGAGGAACUACAAAGUUCUGAUUGUUAUGGUACCUUUAGUUGGGUUCAUACAUUUGGGAUGGCACAGAAUCAAGAGCAGCCCUGUUUUCCAAAUGCCUAAUAAGGACAAUGUUUCUGCACCAGAUAGUCCAGCACUUGAAUGUCCUGAGAAGAAUCACAUCGAAGGGAAAUAGCAGGCUUGGAAUCUUCAGAAAGAAGCAUCCUUGAAUCUGAGCUUGAUAUUGAAAGAAGAGUUGAAAAACACCAGCUGGAUUGAAAAGAACUGGCUUCUUGUAGCUGGGGUGUCUUUCAUAGGUGUCCAUCUUGGAACAUACUUUAUACAGAGGGCUGCAAAACAAUCUAUAAAAGCUCAACCUAGAGGCAAACAACAGAGUACUGAAGAAUGAAAUAAAAAUAAAUAUUUGGAAUUACUAAUAUGUCACUAAGUCAUUACGUGCUAGUUAUCUUCAUUAGCCUGGAGCUAUUUAAUUUUAAAGCCACAGUGCUGCAUAUUCAAGACUUUCAUUCUUGAAGGAUAAUUUUUUUUUUCUAAAUGUCAAGACCAAUGACAUGAAAUAAAUAGAAAAAUAUGUCUAACAAAAUAAAAACUGUCUUCACCACUUGCAACCGUAAGUAAGAUGUCUCGUUUAGAAGCUAAAAAGCCAUCGUUGUGUAAAAGUGAACCACUGACAAGUGAGAGAGUCAGGGCCACACUUUGUGUCUUGAAAGGAAUCCUGACAUCCAGCUAUGGCCCUUCGGGGAGGCUGAAGCAGGUGCACAAUGGCCUUGGAGGCUGUGUGUGCACCACCUCACAUUCGUCGGCCCUCCUCUCCAAUCUUCCUGUCACCCAUCCCAUUUUAAAGAUCCUGACAACAUCCAUGCAGAAUCAUGUGUCGUGUUUCAGUGACUGUGGCUUAUUCACAGCCAUUCUUUGCUGCAAUCUGAUUGAAAACCUUCAGAGAACAGGCUUGACACCCACCACUGUUAUUAAAUUAAACCAGCAACUUUUACACCUCUGCACCAGUUACCUCAAGUCCGAGUCCUGUGGUUGUCGAAUUCUAGUUGACUUUAGCAGGCCUCAGACCCUCCUUUGUUUGGUGCGCAGUAUAGUAACAAGUAAACCCGCCAGCAUGCUCACCAGAGAGGAAACAGACCAUAUCAGUGCUUUGGUUCUGAGAGCCUUUUUGCUUACAAUUCCAGACAACGCCAAAGACCACCUCAUUUUAGGAAAGAGUAUAAUUGUGCCUUCAAAAGGUCAAAGAGUUCUAGAUUCUUCUGUAUUCCCUGGAAUACUUCUUGAAAUGUCAGAAGUUCAAUUGAUGAAGAUCUUACCUAUCAAAAAAUCAGAUGCCUUCAAGGUGGCACUCUUUUGUGCUUCUUUAUCUGGAGAUCUCUCUGAUACUGGAGAAGGAACUGUGGUGGUCAGUUCCAGGGUCUCUCUUGAAAAUGCAGCCCUGGAGCAGUUGCUUAACCUAGGAAGGCAGCUAGUUAGUGAUCACGUAGAUCUUGUCAUGUGCCAAAAAGUUAUACACCCAUCCUUAAAACAGUUUCUCAGUAUGCACCGUGUAAUUGCUGUAGACAGAGUUGGAGUGGCUCUGAUGGAACCCCUGAGUAAAGUGACAGGAACACCGCCUAUUGGUUCGCUAGGCUCAAUCUCUCCUAGUAGUUAUGGAAGAGUGAAAGAUUUGUGCCCUGCAAAAUUUGGCUUCAAACAUUUUCUUCAUCUUAUUCCUAAUGAAGCAACUAUCUGCAGCUUGCUGCUCUGCAGCAGAAACGACACUGCUUGGGACGAGCUGAAGCUCACAUGUCAAACCGCACUGCAUGCUUUGCAGUUGACAAUCAAGGAACCCAGUGUUUUGUUGGGAGGUGGCUGUACUGAAACUCAUUUGGCAGCAUAUAUCAGACACAAGAUUUGUAACGAGCCAGAAAGCAUUCUCAAAGAUGAUGGAUGUACUGAAACAGAACUUCAACUAAUCACUGAAGCAUUCUGCAGUGCAUUAGAAUCUGUCGCUGGCUCUUUGGAACAUGAUGGAGGUGAAGUUCUUACUGACAUGAAGUAUGGACACUUUUGGUCCACUCAGGCAGAGUCUCCCUCUGUUGUUAACUGGCCAGAUUUGCUUUCAAGAUGUGGCUGUGGACUAUACAAUAGCCAGGAAGAACUCCACUGGUCUUUCUUGAAGACUACUCGGCAUCCCUUUGCACCACAAACUUGCCUUCCACAUGAAGAAGCUACGGGCUCAGCCAACAACCUGACCUUGGACUGUUUUACUGCUAAGCUCAGUGGCCUGCAGGUGGCUGUGGAGACAGCCAAUUUGAUUUUGGAUCUUUCAUAUAUCAUUGAAGAUAAAAACUGAUAGCAUAGCAUAUUUAUAUUACAAACAAACAAACAAACAAAAAAACCUAGUCAGGUGUCAGUUAAGAAAAAUAUUGAGUGUAUUUUUUUUCUCUCCCAAAGGCCUGUUCUGCAUAUUUGGAUAGAUUAUUCAUAAAAUUAUAGAGAUACUUAUAUAAUGGAAAAAGUCUGAUUUUUAAAUAGAAAUACCAUAGAAUACUAAAAAUAUGAAGCAUUAUUAUUAAAGAUAUUAUAGUUAUCUUAGGGUUUCCACAGAUGCCACUGUAUACUGCUCUAAAUUUUUAUUAUUUUGACAUCAUUAAAGAAUAUACAGAAAUAAAAAAAAUUUCCUAACCUAUGCUC